AUGAGUGAAAAAGCCAAUGAUGGGACUAUUAGAUAUGUCACCCUAGUAUGUGCCCGCGAUGGGAAAGCUCGGAAUAGAACGAUGAAAGUCGCCAAACCAUGUCCGACAGGAAAGACGGAAUGUAAGGCAAAGAUUAAUGCCAUAAAAGUUGAGGAAAAAGUGUGGUUGACAACAUGUUAUAAUAUCCAUAAUCACAACCUCAGUCCACAGAAAUCCCACUUCUUUCGUUGUAACAGAGAAGUUAGCGAGACCGUAAAAAGAGUUCUAGAUACAAAUGACCUGGCCGAAAUUCGAAUGAAUAAGAGUUUUGGCAGUCUUGUCAUUGGUGCGGAUGGAUUCGAGAACCUCCCAUUUUUGGAAAAAGAUUGUCGUAAUUAUAUGAACAAGGUAAGACAUCUGCAACUUGGAAAAGGUGGCGCUGGAGCGCUUCGAGAUUAUUUUUUAAGGAUGCAGUACAAAAAUCUCGGGUUCUUUGCAUUGAUGAAUUUAGAUGAUGACGGGAGGUUGAAGAAUGUCUUCUAG